CAGUAGAUUUCCUAUCGAGAAUCCGGUGGUUCCCUGGACGUUUGUUUUAUUUUAUUAAUCUUUGUUUUGUCGCGGUUACGUGACGAAUAUCAUUGGACCAAUUCGAUGUGAAAGUCUCCAGCGAAUUUUAUUCUAGUGUAGUAUAGUUGAUUAGGUAUGUUCUGAUCGCCUCCUUUGAUGCCAUUCGCAGUAGGGACGGUAUAGGCCAUUUUGGAUGAAAUGGAAACUACGCCCACUAUAUCCAGAGAGAAAGCUUGUCCAAUAUGCCAAAAACCCCUGAGAAAACCCACCUACAAAUGCCUAAGGGGCCACCUAGUAUGCGGCUGCUGCCUGACAACCUUGACCACGCCCUGCCCUAUCUGUUGCGAGCCGAUCAUCAAACCACCACCUAGAAAACCUACAAACAGCCUGAACCAAAAGACCGCAACCAGCCCCAACCAAAACACCACACUCAGCCUCAACCAAAAGACCACACCCAGCCCCAACCAAAAGACCGGAACCAAAUGCCAGUACGCACUCAGGGGCUGCAAAUUCCUCCUGGAACCACACGAAGUGGAACCCCACCACCUGGAGUGCAGAUUCAGGGAUUUCGCGUGCGAAGGCGACCUCUUCGACUGCUGGACCUGCGCCUGGACCGGCAGAUACGACCAGAUCCAGGACCAUUUCAAGGCAGAGCACGAGGACAGCACCCUGAUGACGUUCAAGACCGAGGCCAUGCUCCACGUGGACUUGAACGAGGACUAUCGCAACAUCAGCCUGAUCGACUACAGGGACGGUCAGAACUUCUUCUGGUACAAGUGCAAGGUGGACACGCUGAACAGGAUGUUCUACUCGACGGUGCAGCUCAUAGGGACCAGGCAGCUGGCUCCGAAGUACUGCUACGAGUUCGAAAUCUUCCGGGGUCCGGUGAGGAAGAUCAAGGUCACGGAAACGUGCGACAGCGACGCCGUAUACGUGGAGAACAUCUUCGAGAACGAGAACUGCGUGGCUAUAUCCUUCGACACACUCAAGAACUACCUGGACGAGGAGGGGAAUAUGAGGUUUAGGUUUAGGAUCAUGAGCAUCAAGAAAAAUUGAGUUGGGGGGAGGGUUUAUGAGUACCACUCCGUUUUUACGUACACAUUUUUCAGAAUUAUUGUUUUUGUACAAUUCAUUUUUUUUAUUAUCUUGUCUAUGUUAAUUCAGAAUUUUUUGUAUUUAUGUAUUUUCCAAAGAAAUGUUUAUUUUCUAGGUUUGUACCUCAUGAGUGUUAUACAAUUCAGUACGAACUCAAAUUUAAAUAUAAUAAUAACUAUAAUAAAUGUAUUUAAGGCCAAUAUUAUAAUAUUGAUUGUAACUAAUGUAUUAUGAUCACUAUGAUUUCAUUUUAUGUUUGUAUCGAUAAAUAUUUCUUAUAAUGUA